AAUGCGUAUCAUGUCGAAUUAACUAUGUAGGUACUUCACUUAAAACCAUAAUUAAGUACCUAUCGCUGUUAGUCGUGGUAGAACAAACGUUGUUACGGGUAAAAAUGUUUAGCAACUUUUCGCAAAGUGGAACUAUCAAAGAGGUUUUCUAUUCAUGCAUCAUAUUAUCAACUUCUUUAUUGGUCGGAAUCAAUCGAAGCUAUUUAGCAUUUUUAUUUUAUCAGCUCGAUUUACCUGAUUCAUCCAUCAUUGUUGACGAUGAGCAAAAAUCAUGGAUAGCUGCUUUCAUAAAUUUACUGAGCCCGUUAGGAUGCAUCAUUGCGGGUAUUUUAAUGGACGCUUAUGGAAGAAAAAUCAGCGUUCAAGGGAUAUUUGUGCCAUUUCUCGUAUCUUGGCUGAUGAUAGCUUUCGCCAAAAAUGUUCCCAUGCUCUACAUGGCAGCGUUGAUACAAAGUAUUAGCAUAGGAAUGUCUUUCAGCACGGCCACCUACGUAUCAGAGAUAUCAACAGCUGAUCAUCGAGGAGCACUGCUGGGCAUCAUCGAGAUUCUUCUAAAUUUUGGUGUCCUAUUAUGUAACGUGCUCAUGUACUACAUGAAAUGGUCUUUAGUUUCAUUAAUCUUCACAGGUCUUUCUGCAGUAUUCCUUUUGUUAUCUUUCACAUUACCAGAAUCUCCAAUUUGGCUGUACCUGAAAGGACGCCAAGAACAAUCAAUCAAUACUCUGACUGCCUUACGAGGAGGAAAUCGUGACACAGUCGAUUCAGAAAUUGAAGAUAUGGACACCUAUAUAUCAUCUAAAGUGAAAAUGAAUCCCAAAGAAAUUAUCAGAAAUUGUUUACGUUCGUGGAGGCAAUUUUCCAUCGCCUGUGUUUUGUACGUGUUGCAACAAAACACAGGAUAUUCUGUGAUGACUUUAUUUAUCAUAAUGAUAGUUGAUCGUUUACAUAUCCCAUACCGCAGUACGGAUGUAGCUUUAUUGUAUUCAUUUGCCGGUGCCAUUGGAGGUUUCAUAACACCUUACGUUAUGUAUAGGUUUAAUCGUAAGCCUACGUUGGCCAUAUCAGCCAUCGGUAUGGUGAUUUUUGCAGCGAUAGUUCCAAUUUAUGGGCAUAUCUUUGAGCCAUCCGAGCACCAAAUCUUCGCUUGGAUUAUUCCUGUUGCUUUGUGCAUGUACGUUAUAUCAGCUAGUUUCGGAGUUAUUCCUGUAGGAUUCACAAUUGCUGGCGAAUUAUUCCCGAAUGAAGUUCGAGGAAUCAUGGGUGGUCUUUAUGGAGCAUUCGCCUAUAUUCAUUGUUCUCUUUUGUACAAAAUUUCGCCUUGGUAUUUAACCACGUUUGGGGCAUCUGGGGUAAUGUGGACGUUUUCUGGAUUUGCAUUACUCACGGCUAUGUUCAGUGUAUUCAUUUUGCCAGAAACCAAGGGUAAGACGUUGAAUGAGGUCCAAGAAGAAUAUUUUAAAAAGAAAACCUUUCUCACACGAAUUUGUCACCCAAUGAAAUCUACUGGAUUUUACAAACAAUUAUGUUAUUCUUCCAUCACAUUGCUGACUUAUGUAUUGGUGGGCAUCAACUGGGGUUACUUGUCAUUCUUGUUCCAUCAGUUAGAUUCGCCAGGUUCCAAAAUCACCAUAAACGAUGACCAAAAAUCAUGGCUAUCUGGUUCACUUAGUCUUCUAAGUCCAUUAGGAUGUCUGGUCUCUGGGAUCAUUAUGGAUUAUUAUGGAAGAAAAAUUCUAGUGCUAUUAACAUUUACUCCGUUUAUAAUAUCCUGGUUAGUGAUUGGUUUCUCUAAAAAUUACGUGAUGCUCCUCACUGGGAUCCUUAUUCAGGGUAUUGGAGGAGGUAUGACAGUUUGCCUCUUGACCUACAUAUCCGAGAUUUCAACGUCAAACUAUCGAGGAUCUUUACUAUCGAUUGUCGAAGUCAGUGAAAACGCCGGCGUUCUAAUCUGCAACCUGUUGAUGUAUUACCUGCCUUGGAACACGGUCGGAUUCAUUUUCAGCGCCUCAUCUCUGGUCGCUUUCAUCAUCUCGUUCACUUUACCAGAAUCACCAAUCUGGCUCUACUCGCAUGGAAAACAAGAAAAAGCUGUCAAAACAUUAUGCUCUAUUCGUUGCCAAAAACCUGACGAAAUCGAAUCCGAAAUACAAGAGAUGGAGGCAGCCUGCAUUGAGCAAACCCAAAGCAACUUCCAGCAAUUGAUCAAAAAUUGUUUUAAAGCUUGGAAACCAUUUACCCUUUGUAUCGCUCUAUUCGUUUUGAAACAACAAACUGGGUAUUCGGUGAUGGUCGCUUAUACAGUCACUGUAGUUGAUAACAUGAAAAUACCAUUCGAUAGUUCUACUGUAGCUGUCAUCUAUUCAAUAGUUGGUCUACUGGGUAGUUUGGCAACUUUAUUCUUGAUGCAUCGGUUUGGAAGGAAGACUAUUUUAUCAGGAUCUGCUCUUGGUAUGGGUCUUAGUACGAUAGCUAUCGCCUUGUAUCAAGAAAUUUAUCGCAAUAAUGAGGGACAAAAAUCGUACUCUUGGAUUAUCCCAGGGGCGUUAUAUUGUUACGUAUUCUUAUGUAAUGUUGGGGUGUUACCUAUAAAUUACGUCAUGUGUGGUGAACUAUUCCCACAUGAAGUUCGAGGUACCAUGAAUGGUCUUUAUGGUAUCGUGGCUUAUAUUUAUUGGGCUCUGACUUUGAAAUUCUAUCCUAUGGUAAUGUUCACCUUUGGAAUCAAAGUGACCAUUUGGACUUUCACUGUGUUUUGUUUUUUGGUGGCUCUUUUUGGGAUUUUUGUGUUGCCAGAAACUAAAGGUAAAACUUUGAAUGAAGUACAAGAAACAUAUUUCAAUAAGAAAACGGUACAUUGACCAAAACAAAGGUACGUAAGACUUAAAAAAUUAUUCCUACUUGGAUAUCUAGCGACAUAUUUACUUACGAACAACCAGUAGUAAAGUACCUACCUUCUCAUUUUGUUCGUAAGGUCAAAAAUUGGGCUCAAGUUCAAAAAUCAGCUUCCUACCUCGAUUUCUUCAUAUUUUGACUUCAUCAAGUCAAGUUAAAAUUUUCAACAUUUUUCAAUAAAAAAAAAAAAAACAAAAACAAAAACUGACCUGAAAUGAAAAUUUAGUUUACGAACAUUGCGAUGGUGUUUUAUCAUAACUUAACCAUUCUAACCAUUCAUUUGUUAGGCAAAUAUGUAGGCAGAUAAAUAUUUUCAAAAAAAAAAAAAAAAAAAAAAAAGAACACCAUCAACAAAAACAUUUAGUGCAAGAAUAAUUACUUGAAGGAAUUACAUAUAAGCAACAGUUCUUAAAGUUUUUUUUUUUUUUUUUUUUUUUUUUUAUCACAAAAAGUAUGAACAAUUCCCUGUUUGUAUAAUUGGAAGGACAGCAGUCUUUACAGUUGUCUUUAUACUAACAAAUCCUUUAAAUGAAAAUUUUUGAAUUCAAAAUCAUUUUUUUUCAUUUUUUUAUUUAGAUGAUCCUCUUGUGUCAUUUUUCAAUGUUUCACAUUCAUGAAAAUUCAAAACUUAGAAAAUAAUGGUAUAAGGUCCAACCAGAGUGUUGUGAGCCAAUCUCCAAACCAAAAUAGACGGGAAUAAUCUCCAAAUCAACAGUAUGUUCAUGAACCAAACCAACAGUAAACUAAACCAGGUACCUACUUACCUAAAUGGAUAAUUUCUUCUCCAUUUUUGACCUUCAUUUUAUAAUUUCAUGAUAGGGUAUAGGGUUAGUUUUUCCAACGCUUUAUACAUGUAGUACAUUGUAUUUUUUCGAAAAUUUUCCUCUGUUUUUCAGAGGGUUUUCAAUGAGAACCUUAUCAUUUUUCUUUGUAGUCAUCUCUUUCUGAUUCCAACACAGUAGGUACUUCUUUUUUUUUAUUCUUGGUUUCCUUGAAUUAUAAUUAGAUUUUUUCUCCCUAAUUUCAUAAAAUUUGGCAAUUUCCUGUAGGUAGAUAUUAAAAGUAGUGAUGUGGAAACUAGAGAUGGAUUUUAACAUGAAAAUGUUGAAGUAAAUGAGGACCAGCUUAUAAAAACGUUUUAUGUUGUUUUUAGGUGAACCCUCCCCCCCCCCCCCCCACAAAAAAUAUAGAACCAACUACUGUCAUUCUGCCUUGAAGUGUUGCAGGCAAUUUUUACCAAAUUGUUGGACUUGAGUCAUAGAUCUACUGUUUUCUGUACUUUAAAAAAAAUCGACGCUGUUUCGUAAAAAGGGCCAAUCUGCAUUUUUCAAGAUUUUUUUCACUCAGGACAAAACUGAUUUAACAUUCAGAGUUGGAAAGGUAAAAAGAGCAAAGCUGCAUGAUUCAGUUUGACCCUGAGACAGUUUGGCCCUUUUUACCUUUCCAACUCUGGCUGUUCAGUUUUGUCCUGAGUGAAAAAAUGCUUGAAAAAUUCAGAUUUUGGCCCUUUUUACAAAACACCGUCAAAAUACCUAUGUACGAAUAGUGUGUCAAUGUCUCGAAGUGCAUGAAUCAAAAAAAAAAAAAAAAAAAACAGAGUAAAA